AUGAAAUUAUAUUCAUGUAUAAUUUACACAUGCAUAUUAUGCAAAGUAAUAUCUCUUAUUAAAGUUUUCUAUUGCUCUUUUUGGUAUUUGAUAAAUGUCCAUUUUUUUGUGAAUAAUUUAAAUGAUAAUGAAAUAUGGAAAAAGCAUAUAGACGUUAAUAAAAACGAUAUCCUUAUUUUAUUUAUGCCACCAUACCUAACUUCAAAAGAUCAAAAACUACAAGCAUUAUUUAAUAGUAAUGACAAUAACAAUAACGAUGAAAAUGUAGAGAAUCGAAUUAAUAUAUAUACAAAAGAUAAACAUCAGGAAAACGAAAAAAAUGAAACUUCAAUUAGUUCAUAUGUUGUUUCACUUUUAUAUAAUAAAGAAAAUUACAUUGUAUUGUUUUACAUCUUUUCUUAUAUCUAUUGUUAUUAUAUUAAGCAAAUACAAAAUAUAAUUAAUCAUGUUAUAAUUCAAGAACAAAAACAUAAAACACAUAACAGUCACUUCUUUUAUCAGUAUGCAUAUGCUAAUGAGGUGUGCAAUGAUUCAACAAAAAAUAAACAAAAAUAUCUUAGCUUUAUUGGGAAUAGUGAUAAAAUAUCUAACCCAGAUGGCGUUGAUGAUAAAAAUGUUAGAGAAAAAAAUAAAACUACUGCUAAUUCAAUGUUAGCAAAUAUAAGUAGUGAAGGAGGGCAUGCCUAUUCAUCCAUUGGUGACCUAAUUAAUGAAAGUAAAAUUAAAAAAGACAAAGGGGAUGAUGUUAAUAAUAAAAGUUCAUAUAAUAAUGAAAAAAAAAUUAUAAAAAAUGAAAUUCAUAAAUUAAAUGGGUAUGAAAAACAAAAUGAAGAUAAUAAUCACUAUAUGAAUCAUAUAUUGAAUAAUAAAUACUAUCUUAAAAAAAAAAUAAAAACUCUUUUAAAAAAAACAAGGAUAACACAAUCAUAUGAAUUAGAUGUUAUCCGUUUACCAGGGACAGAAAUAACACAAAAUGAAACAACUGUAAUAAAACAAAAUAAAGAUAAUAUAUGUUCAAAUUGUGUUAUUAGUUCAGACGAAUCUUUAUAUUCUUUAAAAAUUAGGGAUGAAAAUAUUUAUAGCAACAUCGAAAAGUUGAUGCAAAAGGAAAAACAACCUAAUGUGGGAGCAUAUUAUGAUUUUGACAAAGUUUUUUAUUUGAGUGAUGUGCAUACUGAAAAAGAUAAAGACAUCAAUGAAGAUAAACCAACUUACCAGCCAAUGCCAAAUUGGAUAAAAAAUAAAUAUAAAAUGCUCGAUUUUACAAAACAUUUAUUUUUAGAAAAUCCAGAGAAAAAAGAUGAAGAAAAAAAUAAUAAAAUAGAUAAAUAUUAUAAUAAACGAGUAAAUUAUUCUAUUCAAAAUAAAUUAGGAGCAGGGGCAUAUGGAGAAAUAUGGUAUGGUAUUAAUUUAAAUAAAAAUGUUCCAUUUCGGAAUGUGGUUUUGAAAAAGAUACUUAUAAAAAAAGGUAACGAUGAAAAUGAAAAAAAUUUAAAUGAUGAUGAGAGGGAAAAGGAAUAUGAAAUAAGUGCUAUAAGGGAAGUAUAUUUUGGAGAAAUUUUAAAAAAUUGUGAUAAUAUAAGUAGAUAUAUAGAACAUUUUAAAGAAUAUGAAAUAAGUGAAGAUACUAAAGAACAUAUUACAUUUAUAUGGAUUGUGUUUGCAAAUGAAGGAUAUUCAUUAUCACAACAUUUGUUUGAAACGGAUAAAAAUAACUCUGGUAUGAUUAUUCCUAGUAAAUUAUGGUGGAGUAUAAAAAAACAAAAUAUAGGAAUGUUAGUAAUAAAAGAUUUGAUGCGUCAAAUAUUAAAUGGUAUAAAUAUUGCUCAUAAAAAAGAUAUUACACACCGAGAUAUUAAAAUGGAAAAUAUUUUUGUAUCAUCAAGUACUCCAUUUACUGUUCGAAUAGGGGAUUGGGGUAGUGCUGUUGAAUAUAAAAAUGAAUCAUUUUUUUUUACACCUACUAUGGAUGAAGAAACACAAGGAUAUCAACCUCCAGAAUCUUUAUUUGGUCAUAUGAAAAAAAAUUAUAUGCGAUUACCAUAUUAUGAUAUGUGGGGCAUUGGAAUAUUAUUCUUACAAUUUGUGUUAGGUACCAAAAAUCCAUUAGAAGUAAAAAAUAAAAGAAAUGAAAUGAAAUUAAAACGAUUGUAUUCAAAAUAUUCUAAAGAUACUUUAAAAGAAGUAAUUUUUAUACAAGGGCUUUCAGAAUUAUGUUUAAUACCUUGGGCUAGUCAAACCCCUGAUAGGCUUAUACCUCUCUAUGAUAUAAGAAAUAAUGAAAAAAACGCACUUCAAUAUUCUUCUAUAUAUAGAAAAAAUUUAAUUAUAAACAAACUAGAAUAUUUCACUAAUACAAAAAACCUUAUUGAAAUUAAACGAAAAAAAUAUAACCUUAUUAAUAAUAUGAUGUCUAAUAAAUAUAAUUCAUUAAUAUCUUUGCCAAAUUCUCCAGUGUGCCCAAACUGGAAAUGUAUACAUAAAUAUAAUGAUCAAUCUAACUAUAAUAAAUAUAAUACUAAUACAUUUGAUCAAAUUCAAAAUAAAUUCCUUCAACAAAGAAAGGAAAAUUAUAUAUUUUUUAAAAAUAAUUGCAAUGAUGAGCAGUUUCAAAAAAUAUUACAAGAACGCGAUCCAUCAGGUGUUGGACUACCAGAUAAAAAUGCCCGUGACCUUCUUAGACGUCUCCUCGAUUUCGAUUACAACACAAGGAUAACUUCCGAAGAGGCUCUUAAACAUGCAUGGUUUUCAGAAGAUAGCUAA